CAGCUUUCUAGAUCUCGACAAUCCUGCUGUUACCACUAGCCAAACUCGGCACAGCAUGCAUGCGAUGAGCUUGAAAGCUCGACUCGGAGUGAAGACCACGCCUGAAGAUCUCCGUCGUAAUUCAGUGGCGGAUCUGUCUCAUCAGUCUUCCUAUCUCAUCAAUCUUCUUCGUGGCAAUGCCUCAGCUAAAUUAGAACCUUCCGUUAGACACACAAUGGCAUCGUUCACCAAGAAUGUCACUGAGAUGUACGGUGGGGGUGGUAAUGUCUCGACUUGGGGUCUACCAGCAGAGAGCUCUUGGAUUCGCACUCGUGCUCAAUAAUCGGAAAUACACAUGUUACUCCGAAGUCAAGGACAGCUGCAGAGCUAUCCGGUUUCUGCGAGAGUCGGAGCUUGGACCCGCCAGACCGUUUGGCCAAGAGGAGAGCCACAGUUUACGUUAGGAAGGCGUGGCGACAAGUGAUGAAGAACGAGGAAGCUAGAUCAGUCUCCGCACCUCAGAAACCUAACACCCAUCAAAUUCUUGGCACAACUUCGUCC